AUGGUCUCCCAACCAGACCAGCACUUUUACAACAACUCUCUCGCCGUCCGGGGCACCUCUUCACUCGUCGGUGUCGGCGUUGGUAGCGGGCAUAGCCAUAGCCACAGCGGACCACCACCGCCAACUGCCGCCUCGGUGGCAGGCGGUGGCGGGCACACGUCCUCCACCCGCUCUCGCCGCUACAACCGCAGCCAUAUCGGCGGCUCGUCCUCAUCCUCUCCCUACGCCCACCUCAACGAGUUCCCCAUCUUCACCAAUACCGGCGAUGUCGAGAUUGUCGUGCGCGUUCGCUCCGGCCAUGAGAAUCGAUACUUACUACACCGCGAUACCCUAGCCCGAUGCUCUGGCUUCUUCGAGGCCAGCACCAGCAAGGAGUGGUCGCGAGCGCAAGUGGUCAGUCCGCGACAGGAGCUGCCAGACAACGGGGACUCGCGUGCGCUGACGAGUGGUGGCGAGGUGGCUCGAGUAAGGCCCGGUGGUAGUGGUAGCAGGAGUGGGAGCGAGAGCGGGAAAGAUGGACAGACCGCUAGCACGCUGCCCGCCAGCGGCCAGCCUCGCCGGAGGUGGAGAUACGAGUUGGACCUUGGAGAAGGCGAGCAUGACAAGCCGAUCCUUGUGCAGAAGGACGAAAGCAGCAGCAGCAGCAGCAGCAGCCGGACAGCAAUGUCAGCGGUGGACGCUCCUCAGUCAAUUUUUGGUGGGGGACCGUCGAAUAUCGACAACUCGUAUUCAUAUCACAACACCGGAGGCAACAACGGGAGCAGGGCGGCACCCACUCAUAGUAACGCCAGCUUUUUUCGAUCUGUCGCCAACCUGGCCCUCUCACACUCGUCCUCUCGGCACAGCAACCACCGUGACAGCUAUGGUGCAUACAAUACCUCCUCUCCCCUCCUCCCACCACCUACAGCCGACGAGGUCGGUCUUCUCCGUGACUACGACAACCUUUUCCGCAUCAUGUACAACUACCCGCCCGUACUGGACGGCGUCAACAUCGCGGAUGCCUAUGUCCAGUGCAAAUCCCUGCUUGCCGUCGCCGACGAGUAUGACGCGCUUGCCUUUGUUGGGCCUCGUGUCGACCACCAUCUCUUGCAGUUCCAAAGCCGCCUCUGGCGCCAGAUUGCAAAGUACCCGAUCAGCUACUUGCGUUUGGGAUACAUGGCUCGGUCACGCGUCAUCUUCCAGGAGGCCCUUGUUCAUGUUGUCGGCCAGUGGCCAGCAGGCGAGCGGAGCCUGCGUGCUGCCCUGCCAGAUUCCGUGCUCGAUCUGAUCGAGGACAAGGUUGACGAACUUGCAGAAGCCGUGUCCCGUGUUGAGGCUCGCCUUUUCCGUCUGCAUCUCACCACGCGCGGCGGUGAGCGCGUGGCUCCUUCGACUGCAUACGUGGACUGGCUCGCUGUGUCCUUGUUUCGGCAAUGGCUUGCAGACAACACAACACCUCCGAUGGAUGGCGGCAGUGAUCCCAAGGUCGUGAUACCAGAACGGCGCGGCGCAGGCGCCACGGGCGAUCGCUAUGGCCAUCCACGUAGUGGACCACAUCGGGGGGGACACCCUCGACAUGAUGGCGGCCGCGCUUCAUCGUCCUCGUCCUCGUCUUCAGGAUCGGGCCGGCAUCACCAGGAAACAGCCCUGACUCUUCAUGUGCGCAAUGCGCUCGUCCCAGCGCUCUCCCCGCCCUUGUCCACCCUCGGCCGUACCUAUCGCAUUCUCGGUUUGGCUCCGAGCCCAUCCUAUCUCGGCCACGAAGACUGCAAGCGGUUUCUGAAACUGUCGCCCGACCUCUACACACGCGACAAUCUCCGCCGCUUCGAGAAACGCAUUGACGAGCUGAAAGUCCUGGCUCGCGAAAUUGUGCGGCCUCUCAUGGGCAGCGGGCUAGAGCUGGACGUCGCCGGCGGCAAGUCCGGCAGCGGCACUGGUAGCAGCAACGGGACUCACGACGGCAUCUCCUACUUCACAUGCACAUAUUUGUCCGAUCGUGACCUACCCUGGUUGGUAGACAUGUGA